CCCCUCACGGCUUCUCGCUUCCCUGCCUGAGGCCUGAGCCACCAUGCUGACCCCAAUGGUGGCUGGGGGGGUGGUGUUCCCCGGUCUCUUCCUCCUCUCCAAGAACACGCUCCAGCGGCUGCCCCAGCUGCGCUGGGAGGAGGCCGACGCGGUCAUUGUCUCAGCCAGGCUAGUGUCCUCUGUCCAAGCCGUCAUGGCCUCCACAGCUGGCUACAUCGUCUCCACCUCCUGCAAGCACAUCAUUGAUGACCAACACUGGCUUUCCUCUGCCUACACGCAAUUUGCAGUGCCCUACUUCAUCUAUGACAUCUACGCCAUGUUCCUCUGUCACUGGCACAAGCACCAGGUCAAGGGGCACGGAGGGGACGAAGGGGGGGCCAGAGCCCCAGGCAGCACCUGGGCCGUGGCACGCGGCUACCUGCACAAGGAGUUCCUCAUGGUGCUCCACCACGCCGUCAUGGUGCUCGUAUGCUUCCCGCUGUCGGUGGUGUGGCGUCAGGGCAAGGGAGAUUUCUUUCUAGGCUGCUUGCUGAUGGCUGAGGUCAGCACCCCCUUCGUCUGCCUUGGCAAGAUCCUCAUCCAGUACAAGCAGCAGCACACUCUGCUGCACAAGGUGAACGGGGCCCUGAUGCUGAUCAGCUUUCUCUGCUGCCGGGUGCUGCUCUUCCCCUACCUGUACUGGGCCUACGGGCGGCACGCCGGCCUGCCGCUGCUCGCCGUGCCCCUCGCCAUCCCGGCCCAUGUCAACCUGGGCGCCGCGCUGCUGCUGGCCCCCCAGCUCUACUGGUUCUUCCUCAUCUGCCGCGGGGCCUGCCGCCUCUUCAGGCCCCGGGGCUCCCCUCCGCCCUCUCCUUGUCAGACCCAGGACUGAGGGUGGGGCCAGGGGACCCUCCCCAUCCCACCCCUUGGGGACGGGGCUCUGGGGCCGCUGGGCAGGGGGUGGGAGCCAGGGGCCUCUUGCCCUGACAGCCCGGGGACUGACAGAUGGACUCUGAAGGGGCCGAGGGGCGGGACAUCUGCCCUCAGGGGCAGAGGGUCAGGGACCAGGUGAAAAGGAAGGCAGGGAGGGGGAACCUCUUCUCCCAGCAGUGCCUGAGCUGAGGGUAGCAGGCCCCUUCCUGCGCGGCCCCCCUUCUCCCGUCACCAACCCUGGGGCUCUGGGGGGAGCAAAGGAUCAGAGGAAGGGGGCAUCACUUCCUAUCCACUGAGGGCUAGAGGGCCGUGGGGAGACUGACUCAAGGGGACCAGGACUCGGAGAAUGUGGGGGAGGCCCUGCUGUCAAGGCCAUCCCAGCCCCCCUGCUGCAGACUCCUCUCGGUUCCCCACCAUCUGGGAGGAAGGGGACACCCUAACUAUCCUCCCCACCCCCACCCCAGGCCUCGCUUGGGGCUAGCUGCCUCCACUGCUCCUCCCUAGGGAAGGCCAGCCUAAGGAAUCUUAUUUAUUUUAUUUAUUCGCCCAAAUUCAUACUAGUUUGUAGGGAUGGGGGGAGGGAGGUGGCUGCUACCCCCCAACCUUCCCAGUGCUGAGCAACCCCGGGGGCGGGCGAGGGGCACCCAGUCCCUUCCCCAUUAGGCUGCACAUCUUGCCCUCGGGCCCUGGCAUGUCCCUGGUGCUACAGACCUCUCAAGGCUUCCUCCAGUCUGGGGUCAGGGGACCCUGGGAGGUGCUUUACAGACCGCUAAUAAAGACGAUCUGCGUGAACGCCACCAAGGCCCUCUUCACCCAGUUCUUUGGUGCUGGGAAGG